AUGCAUUUUCUUUCCCAAAAUGAUUUAAAUAUAAAUCUGAUUCCCUGUCUAUGUUUGCACUGUCAUUCAGUAAUUGCUGCUGCUUUUACAAUUCACGGACACAUGAAAAUCUUCAACAGCCCUAGCAACUCCAGCACCUUCACUGGCUUCAUCCUCCUGGGCUUCCCUUGCCCCAGGGAGGGGCAGAUCCUCCUCUUUAUGCUCUUCACUGUUGUAUACCUCCUGACCCUCAUGGGCAAUGGUUCCAUCGUCUGUGCUGUGCACUGGGAUCAGAGACUCCACACCCCCAUGUACCUCCUGCUCGCCAACUUCUCCUUCCUGGAGAUCUGGUAUGUCACCUCCACAGUCCCCAACAUGCUGGCCAACUUCCUCUCUGACACCAAGAUCAUCUCCUUCUCUGGCUGCUUCCUCCAGUUCUACUUUUUCUUCUCCUUGGGUUCUACAGAAUGCUUUUUCCUGGCAGUUAUGGCAUUUGAUCGAUACCUCGCCAUCUGCCGGCCUCUACGCUAUCCAACCAUUAUGACCAGACGUCUCUGCACCAAUCUUGUGGUCAAUUGCUGGGUACUUGGUUUCAUCUGGUUCUUGAUUCCUAUCGUCAUCAUCUCCCAAAUGUCCUUCUGUGGAUCUAGGAUUAUUGACCACUUCCUAUGUGAUCCAGCUCCUCUUCUAACACUCACUUGCAAAAAAGGCCCUGUGAUAGAGCUUGUCUUCUCUAUCCUAAGUCCUCUGCCUGUCUUUAUGCUCUUUCUCUUCAUCGUGGGGUCCUAUGCUCUGGUCGUGAGAGCUGUGUUGAGGGUCCCUUCAGCAGCUGGGAGAAGAAAGGCUUUCUCCACCUGUGGGUCUCACCUGGCUGUGGUUUCACUGUUCUACGUCUCAGUACUGGUCAUGUAUGGGAGCCCACCAUCUAAGAACAAAACUGGAAAGCAGAAGAUUGUGACUCUGUUUUAUUCUGUUGUUACCCCACUGCUUAACCCUGUGAUAUAUAGUCUUAGGAACAAAGAUAUGAAAAAAGCUCUGAAGAAAUUUUGGGGAACAUAA